UCGUGGCCGCAUCGUGUCCCAGCUGAUAUUGUGCCGAGAGUGAUACAUAUAACUCGAGACUCUUCUGGCUAACCGGAGGAUUGUCAUGGGGCAUCCACCACGACUCAUGGGGACGGCCCUCGCCUGCCUUUUCCUAUUUUUCGCGGUUACCGAAUCGGCCCCUCGGCCAUCAUGCGUGACCGGUUGCCGUGGAAUGCACCCAAGCAAGGCGUAUCAGGAAGGGCGCACGUACGUGUAUAAUUUGGAAGGAUUGUCGGUGACAUCCAUCACAGAUGCGCAAGGAGAUGCGUCCCUUAAACUGUCGGCCACCGUAGAAUUGUCCGUGAAACCGGAUUGCAUUAAUCAACUACGGUUGAAGAACGUCAAGAUCAACGGAGCGCCACCGGUGAUCCCAGAAAUCGAACAGUACGCAGUCCAAUUCAAUUACCACGAUGGCCACAUCGACACUCAGCUCUGCACCGAGCCAGGUGAUUCCCAAGCAUCCCUCAACAUCAAAAGAGCAGUUGUCUCCAUGUUCCAAUCGGCCAUUAUGCAGGAUAGCGGUUCAACGAUACACCACGAGACCGACGUGAUGGGAACGUGUCCAACGGAGUUCAAUUUCCGCAAGGAGGGUGAUUCUCUGAUCGUGAAUAAGAACAGAAACCUCGCCGCGUGCGCGUUCCGCGAGAACUUGAACCAGGGCCUCAUAUCUGGAAACACGGACGCGGAGGCAGGCGUGAAAUCGACUCCUCUUCUCGGCUCGCAUCAGUCGAUCGAGCAACGUUUCAAGCGCGGCAUCCUGAACAAAGCGGUCUCCAAGGAGCAGUACUUGCUCAGGCCGUUCAGCAAUGGACACGCCGGCGCGAGUACGAACGUGGAAACGACAUUGACGUUGAAGAGCGAGAAGGCGGACAACCCGACCGUAACCGUGUCUCAACCCAAGUCCAUAAUCUUCGAAUCUCCGGAGCCGGUGUUGAAGUCAUCCGCGGAGGCGGUUGGCAACGCGUUGAAAGCUGCCAAGGCCGAGGUGGCAGGGGGCGUGAGGCCUGAGGCAGCCGGUAAAUUCGCCGAUCUGGUGAAGGUUCUCAGGGUGAGCGGGAAGAACGACAUCAUGUCCGUGUACCAAAAGGUUCGUUCCGGGGACAAAGAGGAUCAGAAAUUGUUCCUCGACGCUCUGUUCCGCGCUAGGACAGGAGAGGCGGCCGAGGUCGGGGUGGAAUUGAUCAAGAACAAGGAGCUGACCGACGUCCAGACGCUGCUCUUCUACGCUGGAAGCCUCGCUCUUAUACGCCACGUGCACCUUCCGUCCGUGACGGUGGUCGCAUCCCUGUUGGACCAGCCCGAUCUACAUCGGCUAGGUUAUCUCGGUGUCGGCCAGGUGAUCGGCAGAUACUGCCAACAAAAUUCGUGCGAGAACGUGGCCGAGAUAAAGCAGGCUGUGCACAAGAUACGCGAGAAAGUGGGGAACGGGAAGGCGAAGAGCAGGGAGCAGGAGAACUUGAUCGUUUCCGCCCUCAAAGCUCUGGGCAACAGCCAGUUCCUCGACGACGCGACUCUGCAAAAAUUGGCCAACAUCGCCGCCGACAAGAACGUGAGAAAUCGCGUUCGAGUAGCUGCAAUCCAGGCCCUGCCCACCAGAUGCUCGAUGAAGUGGAAGAACAUAAUGUUCAAAGUGUUGGCCGAUCGGGAGGAGGACAGCGAAAUCAGGAUCAACACGUAUCUCUCGUUGGUCGCGUGCCCAUGCCCGCACGCGGCCAAUCAAUUGAAAGAGGUGUUGGACAAGGAGACGGUGAAUCAAGUAGGAUCGUUCAUCCAGACCCAUCUGAGGAAUCUCAGAGCGUCCACAGAUCCGAGCAAGUUGAACGCCAAGAAUCAAUUUGGAUUGAUCAAACCUCGCGUCAAAUUCCCGGAAGAUUUCCGCAAAUACUCCUUCAACAACGAACUGUCGUACAAGAUCGACUCGUUGGGAUUGGGCUCAACCCUGGACAGCAACGUCGUAUACAGUCAGAACAGCUUCGUCCCGCGUUCCGCUAAUCUGAACAUGACCGUCGAGUUGUUCGGGAAAAAUUUCAAUUUCCUCGAAUUGAACACGCGCGUGGAGAACUUGGACAGAUUGUUGGAGCACUACUUGGGCCCUAAGGGCAAGAUUUGGGAGAAGGAUCUGGGAGAGGAUUUGAAGAGCGGGGCGAAGGAGGUGAACAAGCUUCGUAAAUACGCGAGGGAAAGAUUCGAGAAAGUGGUGCGCGGUAAACGGGAGGUGAAGCAGGGAGAUUUGGACAGAUUCGCGAAGAACGUUCAUUUGAGGAACAACGAGGUCGACCAGGAUCUCGACAUCGACUUGUCCGUCAAGCUGUUCGGCGUCGAGUACGCUUACCUGAGCUACCAAGGCGAGGGUAGCAAGUUGAGCCCCGAAGCCGUGAUCGACAAACUGUUCGACAAUCUGGAAAAAGGAUUCGACGUUACCAAGAACUUGAAAUCCGACCUCGAGAAUUACCUUCAAUUCCUUGACAACGAACUGAUGUACCCGACCAAUUUGGGGGCCGCUUUGAGUCUCGGCCUCACCGGGACCAGCGCGCUUCGCCUGAAAAUCCAAGGGAAAUUCGAUUUGAAGUCGGCACUCAAGGAUCCGAAGAACACCAACUUCCGCCUCGCCAUUGAGCCGAGCGUUUCCAUCAGGCUCGCAGGAAGCAUGAGCGUACAGGCACCGGGUGCCGAGUUCGGAAUGAAGGUAAUCGGUACCCUUCACACCAGCACCAGCACGGACGUAUCCGUGUCUCUAUUGGACGGAACUGGUAUCGACGUGAACAUCGGUAUCCCAAAGAAGAAGCAGGAAGUGCUCAGCGUGAGCAGCGAAGUGUUGCUCUCGACACCGAAGGGGGACGUGGCACCGAAAUUCGGGAAGAGCAAGGAAUACGCCGACUGUUUCGAACAAUUGUCCUCGUAUCUCGGGUUGACCGUUUGCGGCAAGAUCUCGUAUCCUUACGACGACUCGAGCGAUCAGAGACCUUUGUUCCCCCUCAACGGGCCGGCCAAAUUCGCCGUCAAGGUGGAGAACAACGACGUGAACAAGUAUCACUUCAAAAUCUUCGCCAAUAACAAUGCGGAGGCGAGCAAGCGUUCCUUCGAAGUUCUUUUGGACACGCCGAACAGUAAGACGAACAGGCGGAUGGCCGUUCUUUUGGAAUCCAGCAUGCAACAUCCAAAUAUGUACGUGAAGGGAUCCCUGGACACGCCGUUCAAGAAAGCUUCCGCGGAAGCUGUGCUGAAAGACACCGCUCAAGAACGUACAUUGACCGUCACUAUUAACCACGAUCAGAUGGAGUAUUACGGCCGUAUUGGUGUAUUGGCUAGCGGGAGCAAGUACAAACCCAUCAUGGAGUACAGAGUGCCCGAGCACAUUGAAAAAUUGGCCAGUUCGAAAGCUGGACUUCCCCCGGGGCAACAGUACUAUCUGGACGGUAGCGUGGACGUUAUCGACAAUCAAGAUGGAAAGAAGUUCACCCUCGAAAAAGUGGCGGUUGUGCUGAAUGGUCAAAAGUUGGUCGUGAUCGACGGCCCCAUAAUGUGGACCGGCAACAGCGUUAACGUGGACACGAAUAUCGGUUACGGGGACAAAAAUCUUGCCUUCAAACUGGAUGGUCAAUCCUCGAAAGGUGAUCACAGGCUGACAGUAUCCGCCAUGCCGUCCAGCGAUCCCAACAUCGGUUUCAACCUGAACUGGCAAUUGAAGAAGGCCGACAACAACUUGGAGAACAAAUUCUUUUUCGUCCACGGGCCUGAUCUAAACUCUCAGACGAAUCGUCUCUCCCUGACGCAGAAAGCGGUUUACAAGCUGAACAACAAGGAACUGUUCCUAUCCGUAUCCAACGAGCUCACCUAUCCUGUCGUAAAUUUGAAAUUAAAAUACGAGGGAGAAUUGACCCAAAAAUCGGUCAGCAGCGAUCUCGAAUUGAACUACAAGAAGUUCAACUUCAACACGGAACUGUCUGCCAAGGUGGGGACGGAGAAGCCCGGCGAUUACGAGGUCGAGUUCGAGGCUGAAUUAAUGGAGAACGGGAUCGAGUUGAAGGCCAAGCGGAAGGUUUUGGACGGGCAGAAGAGUCAAUUCUCCAAUUCCCUCGAGUUGAGGCCGGGCGGUAAGUAUACCGCCGACGCGCUUGUGCAUUACAGUAUAAGCAAGAGCAAUGUUAACUUGGAGCUGGACGGGGACGCGAAUCUAAAUGGGGCAAAGGUGAAAAUUAACACGGCCCUGGAAUCGAAUCCUCAAUCUCUCAACGCUCUCCUUAACGCCAAAGUGAACGACGUGAGCUACAUCGAAUUCGAUCUGAAGAACAAACGUUCCCCUAACCCGAGCGGCGCUUUGAUCCUCAACUUGAAGAAUUAUCUGGCGGCCAACGGCCAAUACUCUUACCAAAACGGUAAGGGGAACGCGAAACUGGACAUCGACGUCCCGAAGAUCGAUCGAAAGAUCCAAGCUACCGGCGCUGUGACGGUCAGCGGAUCCAAACACGUGGGCGAGCUCGUGCUUCUCUACGACGCUAGCAAAGAUCCCAAUAAACGGGUGAAACUGUCCACCACGUCCGACAUCACCAAAACGUCCGUGGAUACGAAGAAUAUAUUGGAGAUCGUGGACAAGAAAUUGGAAUUGAACGGGAAGGGUAGUAUGCAAGGCACGUUGAACAAUGGCCAGCUCGAGGUAGAGGUGGACGUCACUCUGCCGAACGGACGUCACCUCGUGUACAAAGGGAAACGUAAUUCCGUGAAGAAGGAUACCAAGUACGAUAUACAGGUGGCCAGUAAAUUGACGGACUACGAGCAGAAGGGAGGGCCGUCCAGAUCGUUGUCGUACAAUGGGAACGUGCAGGAUCUUGACGUGAACACGAUCACGUUCCAGGGUAACGGUCAGUUGAAGUUCGUGAACACGAACGGCAACGAUGUGCAGAUCGCGGUUACUGGAAAGAACUUGAAUCUGCCCGAAAACAAGAAGCAGAGGGAGAUGAACAUCGAGUUGGGAGGAUCUAGCAUUCCUAAGAAACUGCAAUUCCAAUAUCGCUGCAACCAAGGCGACAACGAGGGAUCGCACAACGUCAAAUCAUCUUUCGGAGAUGAUGCCUCGUUGACGAGCAAUGUGAACGUGAAAAAAGGAAACAAUGUCGACAAACCUUACAAAAUAGACGGUGUUUGGGACAUGAAAUUGCCGAGCGAGAAUUUGAAGAAUUUGAAACUCGAACUCGUUUCGAGUUUGUUGGACUCCGACGAGAAGGAUCUCUUUAAAUCUUCGGGAACGGUAAAGCUGACGUACAAUACCGAUCGAAAGAUCGAACUGAGCAAGGAGUUGGAAUUGACAGGAAUGAAUAAAAAUUUGGAAGUUCCUAGCGAGGGUAAAGGGAAGCUCAAUCUGAAUAUUCUUGAUUUCUCGCCUGUCCAAUUGUCGGGCAGUUACAAGUACGAUCCCACCCCUGAGAAAAAAUCGGCUACGCUCGUUCUGGAUGGGCAAUAUGGUAGCAAAACACUCUCGCUCAGAUCUGACAACGAAUACCUUCCCUCUGUAGCUACCGUCAAUCUCAAGGCUAAAGGCAAUUUGAAAUUCGAGAAAUUGGACAACGUUGAUUUGCAACUUGUUUACAAGAGAUUUAAAGACGAGAACAAGUUGACAAUCGACAGCAAAAUCGAUGUCGACGGUACCAAACACUCCCUGGCUAGUGAAAUCCAAUACUUGGAAUCCAACAAUCUGUUCCAUGUGACGACUAUAUGCCCAACAGGGAACACUGAAAUCCUUUCCAAAUUCCAAAAACUCAACGACAAAGAAUACAAAGGUGAAUGGAAAGUGGACACACCUAAAGGAUUUGCAAAGGCUGACGCUCACGUGAAUCUCGAAAGUGUCGAUAAUUUCGUGAUCAAAGCGAACUUUGACAGCGAUAAGGUCAAACACCGUAAUAUCCAUGCUGAAAUAGCCAACCAACCAACAGCUAAGAAUGGAAAGAGCAUCUCCAUCACUGUCACCAGCGAUGGCAAGAAUAUUGUAACUGGAAGCACAAGCUACAAGCAUCGCGAUGAGGAUGGAAAGAUCGUGAUGGAAGGUAAUGGAAAUCUGAAAGUUGGCGACGAUACAAAAAGCUCAUCCUUCAAAUACACCCGUCAACGAUUAACUCAAGAAAAAGACGGUGAGGCGGGUGUUGCGAUAGUUUUGAACGCCAACCUCGGCCCAUCCGCCAUAGUGGGUGAACUAAAACUCUCUAACAAGGAGUUACAUCUCUUCAACAGCUACUGCGAGCAGAACAAGGAUUGCGCUCAGUUCAAGCUUCAAUCGAUCCUCAACGUCGAAAAGAAAACUCUAUUGAAACAUCAGGUGACGGUGGAAGUCGAUCUGAAAAAGUUCAACGUACCCGUCGAAUUUGGUCUGAAGACGAAUACAGAGUUCAGAAACCCGAUAUUCGAUCACACGACCAACCUCUACCUACAUUCCUCAAAAGACAAGACUGAAUACACUUAUCAAGCUUAUAUUCAUCCCAAAGAAGCAGCUACCAUCUUGACUUUGCCCUCACGCCAAGUGGCUCUCAUUCUGAUCUACGAUCUGCUCAAGACCAAACAAACCACGGCCUACAAAUUGGACAUGUCCCUUUAUCUGGACAAGAAGAACAAACCAUCCGAAAAGACCAGUCUGUCUGCCAUUGGAGACAUAAACGUCGAUAAGAACAGCUUAUCCCUUAGUGGAGAAACGAAAUUCAUGUAUCCAACUCAGCACAAGGACAUAUUGAUGAAAGGAUAUCUUCACUACGGAGGUGACAAGCUGUUGGAUGCCAAUUUGGACAUCGACGUGUUCGCCAAAAGAUCUCAGAAAAUCUCUAUCGUGGCAAACGUGCAGCGGCAACAAAUCCCUGACGGGCAGAACGUGACCAGUUUGGUGGAAGUAAACAGCCGUGGUCAACAAUUGAAACUCGACUUGAAAUCUCAUUUGGCAAUAUCGAAAAAGCAAAUAGGAUUCGGAAGUUUCUUCACCUACAACAACGUUAAACAGAAACCAAAGACGCUGGGCGCCCUCUACUCUGCAGAUUUGAAUCACGUCUCCUUAUUGAUCACUUUACCCGACAAACAACUGAUCAAGGAUGACUGGAAGUUCGAUAUCACAAAAGACACUCAAAAAGUAAAUAGGGAAUUGUCUCUUUUGGACAGCACACCUCAGAUUUUGAAUUUCGAAGCGAAUGACUUCAAUCGAUUCAAACUUGAAACUUAUCUUAAAAACAAUCCUAAAAACAAAGCGGUGCUCAAUGGUCAAGUGGUCCUUGGUCAAUUGGCGGAGAUCCACGCGGAUUGGUUCAAAGAUGGGGCGAAGAAGAAUCUUUUCCACGCUUUGGUCAAUUUGGACGAGAAACAAUUCCUAAAACCCGACUUUGAUUAUAAUAGGGACAAUAUAGCUGAAUUUGGAAAAGUUAUCAAGAACAGAAAUCUCGACUUUAUUAAGGGAGUGAAAGACGUUUACGGAUACGUAUUGGACGAAGCGUCAGCGGAAGGUACAGAUUUUAUGGAACAUCUGGUAAAGGCAAAACCGAGCUUCCAAUCGCUUAUAGAAUAUUACGAAAAAGAGUUGAACAAGUUGAAGGAAGAGAUGAAUGCUGAUGAAACUAUCCAAGAAAUUCAGGCUACCUUGCGCAAGUAUUUCGGCACCCUCUUCGAAAUCCUCACGGAAUUGAAACAAAUCGCCCAUGGUUUGGAGAAGUUGAAGGAAACGCUGAACAGCCUAAUAAACAACGUGAAGCAAGCCGUCAACUUGAUGUACCCUAAAUUAAAGGAAUCGUACGAUAAAAUAUUCCACCAAGCGUUGGAAAUCCUCGAUGCCAUGAUGAAACUCGCCAACACGUAUCUUCAAGCGGUUCUCAAUUUGAUAAACGACCACCAAAAGGAAAUAAAGGACGUGUUGAACUUUCUUUCCGGAAUGAGCCAAGACAUCGCCAAGAUCGUAUUCAAGGGAUUGGAACAGAUCAAGCACAACCUCCACGAGUUCUGCUCUCUGCUUAUUAACCAAUUGAAAGCUUUGCCGAUUUACGAAACCAUAAAGGAGAGGUUGGAAGAGCUGAAGAACUUCCAAAUACCGGAAAAUAUUUUAAACUCGCUCGAAGAAUUGUGCAAACUUGGAAAGAAUAUACUGCCCACCGAAGAAUUAAGACAAUUUGUCGAUAUCACUUACCAAUAUGUUAUCAAACACUUAAAACGAGAGAAGAUCGACGAUAUGAGCGAGUUGAAGAAGAUCUACUCGAGUUUGGUGGCCGCGGUUCAAUCAAUCGUGGCUCUGGCGCAGAAACAAUCAUCGUUCGAGAACGUUUGGGGAUUAAUUUCGAUUCAGACCCCGGAUCUCGGCCUUUUGUCCAAGUUGCCGACCGUCUCAGCCUUAAAGCUCUCCGUUUGGAACCUCUUGCGUAACAGAGAGUUACCAACGCUUGGGGAUCUGUAUUACACUUACAGACCGACGCCAUUGUUCAGAAAGUCGGGUGUCGUUACUGACGGAGGACAUUUCUUCACGUUCGAUGGACGUCACCUAACUAUGGCUGGAUCCUGCACCUAUAUCCUUGCACAAGAUAUGCAGGAUGGCAAUUUCUCUGUCGUGGCUAACUUUAAUAAUGGUAUCCUUAUCAGUGUCACGCUCACCGAGCCUAAGGAAAGCAUCGCGAUCAAGAACAACGGAAAUAUUCUAGUGAACAACAAACCGGCCGAUUACCCGGCGCACACGAAGAAUUUGCACGCUUAUCUGUUCCCACCAUACGGCAAUAUCAAAUCCGAUUACGGUGUUCGCGUUACAUGCACGAACAAGGCACCUAUGAUUUGUGCUGUCCACGUUUCCGGCUUCUACCAUGGCAAACUGCGUGGAAUCCUGGGCGACGCGAAUAACGAGCCGUAUGACGACUAUACUUUGCCCUCUGGAAAGAUCACCGAAAGUGGAACAGAAUUUGGAAACGCGUACAAAUUGAAGAGUGAAUGUUCAGACGCGACAGCGGUCGAGCAGCACAAUGAACGUACCCCAGUUUGUACCGAUUACUUCACUGGCGAAAAUUCACCAUUGAAAUCUUGCUUCAAUAUCGUCAAACCGUCUCUAUAUCGCGAUGCCUGCGAUCAUGCAAUUGCCGCUGGCACACCGGCUGGAGCUUGCAUAAUAGCCAUGGCUUAUCAUUAUGCUUGCUAUGCGCAAGGAGUCAUGUCUACCUAUAUACCAUCGUCUUGCACAAAUUGCAAAGUGGGCGGAAACAAAAUCGACAUGGGCGACUCGUUCAGCGUAAAGGUACCGAAGAAAGAGGCUGAUGUUAUUUUUGUAAUCGAACAACAGAUACCGAACGAUAAAGUGUACAAGGAAAUGAUUACGCCUUUAAUGUCUGAACUUAGGGAGGAAUUGAAACAACAAGGAGUAACAGACGUGCACAUUGGAUUAAUCGGGUACAGCGAGAUGAUGAAAUGGCCACAACAUUUUACAUUAAAUGGCGACACCAACAUCGAUGGUGAAGUAAAAAAUAUGAAGUUUGAGGAAGGAAAACCAAUAAUUUCUUAUCAGGAAGCGAAAGAUGGCAACACGGAAAAAAAAAUUGAUUAUCUACACCAGAGAAUGGAUGUCGAAUUAGGUACUUUCAAAUUGACCGAUGCUUACGAGGCAGCUAUUCGAUAUCCAUUCAGACCUGGUGCGGCGAGAGCUGUGGUUGGAGUGAUCGCGAACCCCUGCGAGAAGAGUCCAUUCCCUAUUUCGUUGCAGCAACUUAGACUUAUACUCGGUCUUAAAAUAUAUCGUGAUUUGGGACUCACCUAUUACCACGUGUCGUAUCCGAAAGAGCUUCUCGUCUCGGGCAAGCCUCAGAAAAAUAUCGUCGCUUACGACCAAGACAACGUGUACACGUUCGCUGACAGUAAGAAGAAGCCACUCACCGGAAGCACCGACAUGAAGAGCAAUCUCGUACCGGCGAUCAAGGACGUCUGCGCUGACUUCGCGGUUUUCUCUGGCGGUGCCGCGUUCAGCUCUAACAAUUUCUUGGACGCCAAGUCGAAUCAGAAGAAGCAAUUCGUUCAAGUGGCAGCAAAGAGGAUCGCAGAUAGCCUCGUCAACGUAGAAUUUGAGAAAGAUUGCUCGUGCUUGUACGAAUACGGUAUGAUAGGACGCUCUAAGUGUAAGAUCGUAGGUCGAAAGGAAGCUCCGAGAUCCGCGAAAGGAGGAGCGAAGGGUUAAAGCGAGAUCGUCGCGCAUCUCAUAAUUACUAAUUAAUUUAGGUGUAUUGUGUUUGUUACUUUGUUAUACUACGGCAGACGUAUUUUCGAUAUUUGUAAGCAAAUUAAGAUCAUCAGACCUCCCAGCGACAGGGAGGGCCACAAUUGAAUAAUCACAAUCGAGGACUGAAAAACUUCAUUUUCGUUCCGUUAAAAUUUGUUUCGAUAAUUUUUUUUUUUUUUUGUAAAUAAUCUUUUAUAUUUUUUUCGCAACAACGUUGAUACGAAAAAUACGAAUUAUUCCACAAUGUGGCCCAACUGUAUAUCGAUCACGACUUAGAAUAAGUUCUUACCCUGAGUAAACACAGGUAUUAAUAAUGUUAAAUGUGUGCGACAAAUAAAAUAAAAUGAAUAUAUUAUAAUUUGUACGAAUGUUAAAAACGCGAUGUAUCCGCGUCCACGUAAUACGGGACAUCGAUUCGAUUUACGGUACGAUUUGUACGGCUUACUUUUAUUAAAUUAAGAUACCGAUGCUGUACGAGACUCGGGGGGUUAAUCUGAAUUCAAUACCGACCACCGUACCGUUUAUCAUCGAUACGAAACGAUUUUACGCGUUAGAUGAUAUCGUGGCUUGUGAAGAAAUAUACAUACAUUGUUCUUAAAUUUA